GAUAUAUGCUAAACAUGGGAAAACCUCCUGCCUUUGUUUUCCUCUUCUUACUUCAUUGCUUCAUAGCCUCUUUAGCUUGGAGUAAAACAAACAUCACCACAGACAAAUAUGCACUUCUUGCUCUUAAAUCCUCUAUCACUUUUGAUCCGUACAAUUUUUUAGCUAAUUGGUUGGUCUCUUCUUCUCCAUGCAGUUGGGUUGGAGUGAGUUGCAGUAUCCGCCAUGGAAGGAUCCAUUCCUUGAAUCUCAGUAAGAUUGGAUUGAAGGGCAUCAUAACUCCACAGUUGGGAAAUCUCUCAUUCCUUGUUGAACUUGAUCUUAGUAAGAACAAUUUUCAUGGUCAAAUACCAAAGGAGUUAGUUCAAUUACGUAGAUUGAGAGUACUCAACUUGAGUUUUAAUGAAUUGGAUGGGAAAAUUCCAACUUGGAUGGGGGAUUUAUCAAGAUUGCAACACUUGAGUCUUGGCAAUAAUAGUCUUACUGGAUUCGUUCCAACAUCUGUUUGCAACUUGUCAAGGUUACAUGUCUUGGAUUUGAGUAUUAAUUUAAUUGAAGGGAGUAUUCCACGUGAGGUGGGAAGACUCAAGAACUUGAGGACUUUAUCACUUGUGGGUAACAACCUUUCAGGAACCAUUCCUCAGACAAUUUGCAACUUAUCUUCACUUGAAUUAUUAGACUUGUCUUAUAACUCUCUUUCAGGAGGCGUUCCUAUUGACAUUGGCAAUCUUCCAUCAUUGUGGAUCAUGGACCUUUCAUUCAAUCAGUUUUCUGGUUCUAUACCAUCUUCAAUAUUUAAUAGUUCUAUGCUUCAGGUCAUUAAUCUUGGUGCAAAUAACUUCUCUGGUAAUCUCCCAAUAAAUUUAUGCUUUGGGCUUCCAAAAGUUGAAGUUCUUUAUCUAUUUGAAAAUGACUUGUCUGGUGAACUGCCCCCCAUAUGGCAUCAGUGCAAAGAAUUAGUAGAUCUAGAAUUAAGCAGAAACGAUUUCAAUAGAGGAGUCAUACCAAGUGACUUUGCAAAUUUGACCAACCUCCAAUAUUUAUAUCUUGAGGACACCAACUUGGAAGGUGAAAUUCCAGCAUCUCUCUUCAGCAAUAUUUCUUCUUUAAUAGAAGUAUCUUUGGAGGAAAACAACUUAAAUGGAUCUCUCCCAGCAUCACUUGGCAAUAAAACACUGCUCAAUUUCUUAUUUCUACAAUUCAAUUCCUUCACAGGUGAAAUUCCUCAGUCUCUUUUCAACAUGCCUUCUAUAAGAGAGUUUAGCCUUGGCAUCAACCAAUUAUCUGGUACUUUGCCUGAACAUCUGUGCUAUGGACUCCCUUUACUUGAAGUCUUUGCGGUUGUUUCAAAUCAAUUAGAAGGAAACAUUCCAAAAUCAAUAAGCAACUGCACAUUUAUGAAAGGAUUAUCCAUGGGUGGCAACUUUUUUACAGGUUCUAUACCCAAAGACAUUGGCAAUCUUGAUAAACUUGAACAAUUAGAUUUGUCCACGAAUCAUUUAAGCGGACAUAUUCCUUCUAAUAUAUUCAACAUCUCAGCAAUACAGCGACUGUACCUUGGGUUUAAUUUCUUCUCCGGCCUUCUCCCAUCAUAUUUAGGAAGUGGCCUUCCGAACCUGAAAGAUUUUAGUGUGGAAGUGAACGAACUUUCUGGACAAAUUCCAAAAAGCAUAGUAAAUGCUUCUAAACUCUAUAAGUUAUUUUUAAAUGGGAAUAAAUUUAAUGGAGAAGUACCCAAUGUUAUUGGGAAUUUAACCAACUUGGUGGCAUUAUAUCUGGGAGAGAAUGAUUUGAAUGGGUUGAUUCCUCCAACAGUUAACAAAUUACAAAGCCUUCAACUUUUUGAUGUCAGUAACAACAAAAUGCAAGGGUCCAUUGUCGAAGAACUUUGCCAAGUAAAAAGGUUGAAUGUGUUGUAUUUGGCUAAUAACAUGUUUUCAGGAACAAUUCCAAGGUGCCUUGACAAUCUUUCUAGUUUGCAAAAGUUGGACUUCAGCUCUAACAAAUUGACUUCCCAUAUUCCCUCUUCUCUUUGGAAUCUCAAAAAUAUUUUGGUCUUAGACUUAUCUUCCAAUGCAAUUAGUGGAAGAAUUCCACCUGAGGUGUCCAACUUGAGAUCACUUGUAGAAUUGAACUUGUCAAGAAAUCAAAUUUCAGGAAACAUUCCUAUAACGAUAGGAGGCUUACAGAGCUUGCAAAACUUAUCGUUGGCUCAUAAUAAUUUACAAGGUUCUAUACCAGAAUCUUUUGGUGACAUGUUAAGCAUUGAGUUUUUAGAUCUUUCUCAAAAUUAUUUGUCUAGUGAGAUUCCAAAGUCAUUAGAGUCACUUUCCCAUUUGAAAUACAUUAAUCUUUCCUACAAUUUAUUGCAUGGAGAAAUUCCAUAUGGUGGGCCUUUUAAAAAUUUUAGAGCAGAAUCUUUUGUUAUGAAUAAAGAUCUUUGUGGGAAGCCCCAAUUAGGAGUCCAUCCAUGUAUUAUAAGAGAGAAGCACAGGUCAGCUAAAAUGAUGCUUUUGAUCAAAUAUUUAUUGCCUAUCAUGGUCGCAAUCAUUUUGGUCGGUUCUUGCAUAGUGUUUGUCAAGUGUAGGAAGCAUCAGGUGGGUGAAAGGACCAAUGGGGAUUUCUUACAUUUGGACCCACGCAGGAUAUCCUAUUAUGAACUUUUGCAAGGAACAAAUAGAUUUGAUGAGAGUAAUAUUCUUGGUAAGGGAAGUUUUGGGUCUGUGUACCAAGCAAUUCUUUCAAGUGGAAAAAUAGUUGCUGUGAAAGUUUUCAACUUGGACUUGGAAGAAGCAUUAAGGAGUUUUGAUGUUGAAUGUACUACGCUAUGCAAUUUACGUCAUCGCAAUCUUAUUAAGAUCAUUAGCAGUUGCUCAAAUAAUGAUUUCAAAUCUCUAAUAAUGGAAUUUAUGCCAAAUGGGAGUCUUGAUAGAUGGUUGUACUCCUAUAACUAUUGUUUAGACAUCUUGCAAAGGUUAGACAUAAUGAUUGAUGUGGCAUCUGCACUUGAGUAUCUUCAUCAUGGUUCUUCUUCACCAGUGGUUCAUUGCGAUGUGAAGCCGAGCAAUGUUUUGUUGGAUAACAAUAUGGUAGCGCAUCUCAGUGAUUUUGGAAUUGCCAAAUUGUUGGGCUUUGGGCAAUCAGAGAUUUUUACCAGAACUUUGGCUACAUUUGGUUAUAUGGCACCAGAGUAUGGAUCAAAAGGAGCUGUUUCUGUUAAAGGAGACAUAUAUAGUUUUGGUAUUUUGCUUAUGGAAACACUCACAAGAAAAAAGCCAACAGAUGAAAUGUUUGGUCAAGGCUUAAAUUUAAAAGAUUGGAUUGGCGAAUCAAUACCACAUUCAAUCAUCAGUAUUUUAGAUGACAAUCUGCUGGAUAGACACAAUCCAAAUAUUGGUAACAUAUUACCACAUAUUUCAUCAAUUUUUGAAUUAGCCUUAAACUGUUGCAUUGAUGUACCUGAGGCACGACUUGAUAUGACAGAUAUUGUGGCUUCAUUGGAAAAAAUAAGGUCACGUCUAUGCAAAGUGUUAGGCACCAGCCAUUAGGUGAAUGACUGUUAAAAUCAAAUUUUAGUUAUUACCAUUUCAUCAGCCUUUUGGCUUGUCUUAUUUGUAGAACAUCUCGUGAAAUGGAGGGGGUGAUAUUUGAGAUUUCAGAUCUUGUGUAAUUAUUUGGGUUUUUGGAUAUCUUCAUGUUAUUUGUUUU